AUGGCGACGGGGACGCUACCGCUCGUCUUUAACGGAGCCAAUGUGCCUCUAAUAUUAUAUCUUUUAAUCCACGUCGAAGUGAUUCUCUGCCAGCAGUUCGUCAUCCCCUUUAAAGCUCCUUCAGACUGCAAAGCGGAGGAAUUCUUUGAUAUCUCCAGUUUGUCGUGUGUGAGCUGCGGACCGAACCAGAGCCGCAGCAGAACAGGACUGAGCUGUGUUUGCCAAACGGGAUACCAAACUCUCACCACUGAUAAAGCCUCCAUUAGCUGUCAGCAGUGUCCCAUCGACAAGCCUGCGGUAACGAGGGACGGCUUUGGGUGUAUUCGCUGUCCAGGCAGCCUCAAUGAUGAGGGGAACUGCAAGUGUCCACCUGAAAACAUCCUGGUGGAAAGAGAUAUCAAUGGAAACCUGCUGGAUGAAGCCAGGUGUGAAACGUGCAAUGGAGAGAGCCCAGCUUUGACUGUACCCAACAGCAGGGGAGAUAGGUGUGAGAGAUGUCAGGCGUCCUUCAUUAACACUUCCUGUGAUUGUAACUCUCCUAAUGUCCUGGCAGGAGGACUAUGUUUCCGUCCAGGCAGCCUCUCCACCAACGUGAAUCCCAGCGUCAACUAUGCUCAGUUGAAGUUCAGUCUCCAGUCUGCCUGGUUUCUGGAAAACCUCUACGCCUCUUCAGCAGCCUGCCUUGUGUCCUCCAACCUGACGGCGUGCCAGGCUCUCGGGAACAUGUGUGUGAUGAACAUGCACUCGUUCAGCGGCGUUUCCACCGAUGCCUGUGGUCUGUUUAACACCAUCUUCAGAUCAAAGGCGGCUCUGAGCUCAGCGCAGGACAUUUCUUACUGGAGAGCCAACCUGCCGUGGCUGUACUACGGAGACGAACCAGGACUGGCCAGUCGAGUGCUUCAGACCGAGCCUGUUCCCUCUGGGUUCAGUUUCAGAGGAAGAAAGAAAAACACAGACAUCAGACUGCUUGCUGCCAUCUAUAAUGUCAGAGGAGAGUUUCUCAGGUGGGAACCAGUAGGAGGAAGGAAUCUGCAGCUUUGUCCACAACCAGCCACCAAACAGGCAGCAGCCUUCAGCUUUGGAACCGCCUACCAAGAAAGUUGUGAUCUUUCAGUAGCAGAGCUGCUCGGUUCCCAUCCUGAGCCGCUGUUCUAUGAUGUGUUUAUGGACGUCGGCGGAGGAGAGAACACAAGGCUUCUCCCUCUGCCCACAUUGGUCCUGAACCAACAAUACAACGGAAGAUUCAUUAACCAAGAGAGCAUGAAGAACUGGUACUUGUCCAGACGGAUGUUUCUCAUCGACAUGCUGAGCGGGAGAGAGAAAAACACAAAUUCCCUGCCCAAAGUCAUCCGUGUAGCGAGCAGCGUCAAAAUAAGGUUCCAGCUGGUUCCACGAACUCAGGAAGGACAAGUGUUUCCUCCUCUGAUGGUUGUGACCUACAGAGACAUUCCCAUCACGGAUAUCAAUGCUCAAACUGUAUCUACUUCCUUUGCUGUGGAGUACGAGAUGGACCAGAAUGAGGCUCGCAUGAAGACAGAUACUGCUUUAGGUGUGAUGGGUGGAGUCGCUGUACUUUACUCACUGCUCAAGACAGUCAGCUGGAAGAGGAGGAGUGCAACGACAGACGUUGAUGGCGUGACGUUGGUGAACUUUCUGUUCUUUUAUGCUGGUGAUCUGGCCAACGUUUUCUUCAUCGUCACUGUAGGAACUGGCCUUUACUGGCUCAUCUUUUACAAGGCCCAGCAGUUUGUAUCAGUGCUGCUGCCGCUGCCUGCUCAGGAGGAGAAGCUUGUGACGUACAUCGGUUGUGCCUUCGCUCUCAAGGCCAUCCAGUUUCUCCACAAGCUGUUCAGUCAGGUGUCGGUUGACAUGUUUCUCAUCGACUGGGAGAGGCCACGGAGCAAAACUAGCAGAACUGUGCAAGCUGCUGGUGAGUCGAAACGUGAGCCCUCUCCGGUCAGCAUCUGGCGGACCUACUUUGUGGCCAACGAAUGGAAUGAGAUCCAGACCAUCCGCAAGAUCAGCCCGACGUUUCAGAUCGUGACUGUGCUCUUCUUUCUCGAAGUGCUGGGUUUCUCCAGCCUGGCCCUGAGGGAUCCCUGGGCAACGUUACAGCGCCCCUCAGAGGCCUACACGCCGUCAUACAGCCUGACGCUGCGCUACGGUCUGGCAGCAACACUGUGGAUCUGCAUUGGACUUCUGCAGGUGAUUUUCUUCACUGUGUUUUAUGAGCACUUUGUGGAGGACAAAAUCCGUCAGUUUGUGGAUCUCUGCUCCAUCAGUAAUAUUUCCGUGCUGGUCUUAUCCCAUAGCUGUUUUGGUUAUUACAUCCACGGACGCUCGGUGCACGGACAUGCAGAUACAAACAUGGAGGAAAUGAACAACAAUCUGAGGAGAGAACAGGAGUCUCUGUGUGGUCAGAGAGGUUUACUUCCCAACACUGACAUCCAGACGUUCCAGGUUGCUCUUACAAAAUCUCUUCGGUCACAGUACAGCAAGAUACAGGAUUCAAUCAGCAGGAGAAACAGGCCUUCACGGCUGACGGACGCCACCAUGGGUCACUUCAGUGAGCCGCAGUGCAAAGCCUACCACACCAUGAACCACUUCUUGGCAUCUGUUAUCGACCAUGCCUUCCCUGACAAGGACUACAUAGUGAAGGACAAGCUGAUGUUUGAGAGGGUCGUCGGGAUGGAGUUCCUUGAACCCAGCGAGAAGAGCAUCUUUUACAACGAUGAGGCCCACUCCUUCAGCAGUGUGCUGUUUUAUGGAAACGAGGGCACGCUGCUGAUCUUUGACACUCUGUUCUUCUGUGUCGUCGACCUCGGGUCUCAGAGCUUCGUUCUUGCAGCUGUGCUCACAUAUGUCCAGCAAAUGAUAUUCUGCUUCAUCCGUAACACCCUUGGAAGAAGGAACCUCGCACACAAGACUCUGGUGGACAAGAGAUUUCUGAUCUAAAUUCUCUGCUUAGUGUUUGAUUGUGUUGUUUAGUGGCGAUUCUCCACAGAAUGUUUACUGUUCACAACUUGUGCUUCUCUUUUUUUGUACUUUUCAUACAUUUAUAGUGUUUUCGUUGCUGUUUUGCAAAUGUAAAUUUCCUAAUUUUUUGGAAGAUUUUAAUGUUUUUAUUGAUUAAAAUUUUUUGAUACUUGGA